CCAAGGACAUGGACGUGUCGGGCAUACUUUAUGACCCCUCUUAUCCGGGGACAGCGAGCGCUUCACUAGAGCAGCAGUUGAGCCGCCCACGCGAGUCGCUCCUGGUAAUACACAACAAGCGUCCCCCUUCAAGGGAGUCACGUGACAGCGAAGAAAAGAACGCCAAGAAAAAAAAGGGGCAAAGACGAUGAAGAAGUACAAAUAAAGGAAACUACAGGGAGAUUAUCAGCCUGGAGGAAGGAGGCCCGUUUAUCCGUAGGGUUUCGUUCCGUUUCUAUGAGCUGGGAAUGCUCCGGUGAACUCGUAAGGAUGCAUUUUUGUGUCCACUAAAAAAUAAAAGGAGGGGGGGUGUUAAAAAGCCGUCUUCUUGCUAGUUGGCAUAGGGAGUGAAGAAGAGGAGGAGGGAGGGGGGACUUUUUGCAGAGGGUGCAGCAAAAAGUUUCUCUUUGUUAAAGUGUUGACUGGUCAGAGGCAAGUUCCCGCUAAGCGCUGAUGCGUCAAAAGCUUGUGACCCACCAGCCGCCCCGCUGAGGGCUGAAUCACCGUCCCGGCGGACACGAUGGAUUAGCCCUCCGAGGUGGAAACGACGGCUAAUCCCGACCGUUCAAACCGCCCGGUGCCCGUUAAACGGGGCCGUCUAACGCCUGGAGCCGCGUUGGAGGAGACGGACGGACGGCGAUGAGCUGGGAAGCCCAGAUGUGAUGGGAGAGCUCUGCGGUGGAGGUCGGCUCGCACGUGAAUAAAGAUUCUGCGGCGCGGAGAGAAGAUGAAGCUGAACGAGCGCAGCGUGGCGCACUACGCCACCUGCGACUCGCCGCCCGACAAGACGGGCUUCCUGUUCAAGAAGGGCGAGCGCAACACGGCGUACCACCGCCGCUGGUUCGUCCUCAAGGGCAACAUGCUCUUCUACUUCGAGGAGCGGGACGGCCGGGAGCCGAUCGGCGUCAUCGUGCUCGAGGGCUGCACGGUGGAGCUGUGCGAGUCCGCCGAGGAGUUCGCCUUCGCCGUCAAGUUCGACUGCGCCAAGGCGCGGGUGUACAAGCUGGCCGCCGACAGCCAGGCGGCCAUGGAGUCGUGGGUGAAGGCGCUGUCGCGGGCCAGCUUCGACUACAUGAGGCUGGUGGUGAAGGAGCUGGAGAGGCAGCUGGAGGAGAUCCAGGACGCUGCAGGAGCUGGAGGCCAGCAGGCCAGGCCUAAGCCUCAGCGGCGACAUCAGGUGGCACGCUCCAGGUCUGGAGCCUCCUCUUCCUCCUCUUCAUCCUCGUCUUCCCUUUCGUCAUCAUCGAGCGCUCCCUCCAUGACAGCGGUCUGCUCCGCUCCGAGGAGCCUCCAGGACGAGGCGCAGCUCGUCUCCGGGGGCUCCAGGGAGAACGGAGUCGCGUGGAGCAAAGCUCCGGCCGGCGGAUCUGCCGAGGCGGCGCCGUCCUGCGUCUCCUGGGACGGCAGCACGGACUCCGGGAUCGUCUCGGGGUGCGGGCCGGACGAAGGGAGGGCUCCGCCGGUGCCGCCGCGGAGGUUCGGGGCGUCGCUGGAGAGCCCGGUCUCCCCCGACACCGGCUGCUUCUCCAAACUCCACGACUGGUACGGCAGGGAGGUGGAGGAGCUGAGGGCGCAGUGGCUGCAGAGCCAGUGAGCUCCCGGGAGGAGGAAGUUCAGUCAUUCCCGUUGGACCAGUCCGUUGUGUUUUCCCCAAACCUUCCAGACAAAUCAGACUAAAUCAGUUUAAUGUAGCUGGUGUGGGGCGGGGCG